AAUCUGUUACCCAUCUCAGAGAAAUGAGGGAAUGCCAAUAUGGGUCAGCGGAAGCAACUCGACAUACCGAAAUUUUGGGGUUCGGAAUCCGUUUCCGUCAUCGUCUGACUGCUACGUAAUGAGUCGUUUGGACGGCAGGUGGUCAGAAUUCUGGUGCAAUGCUCAUCCUGUCCAUCAUACGCAGUAUGUCUGUGAAAAAACGGGAGAUUGCAUGGACUGUGCAAGCUCGCCAUGUCAGAAUGGUGGAGCAUGCGCAAACUUGGGAAAUGACUUUCUGUGCUCCUGCCUGCCUGGAUUCACAGGAAAUACAUGUUCCGAUGAUAUUGAUGAAUGUGUGUCAGAUCCUUGUAUGCAUGGUGGUGUAUGUCAAAAUGAUAGUCCAGAUCACUACAACUGUGAUUGCCUCACGGGAUAUACUGGAGUACGGUGCGAAACAGAAAUCAACGAAUGCGCCUCGUCACCAUGCCGUGUUGGAACAUGCGUGGAUCUUGUCAAUGAAUUCCGGUGUGACUGUGCGCCGGGACUAACGGGAAAUCUGUGUAAUGAAGACAUUGAUGAAUGUUUGUCAGAUCCUUGUAUGCAUGGUGGUGUAUGUCAAAAUGAUAGUCCAGAUCACUACAACUGUGAUUGCCUCACGGGAUAUACUGGAAAACAGUGUGAAACAGACAUUGAUGAUUGCCAGGGCUCACCUUGCCACACUGAUGCAACGUGUUUGGAUCAUGUCAACAAUUUCACCUGUAUUUGUCAGCCAGGUUUUACUGGAGAACUGUGUGCCCAAGAUGUCAACGAGUGCUCGUCCAAUCCUUGUAACAAUGGAGGAAGUUGUCGUGAUCAAGUCAGUGGAUAUGUGUGUGAUUGUCUUGCGGGAUAUACCGGUGAACACUGUGACACAGAAACCAACGGAUGCGCAUCAUUUCCAUGCCGUGUCGGAACAUGUGUGGAUCUCGUCAACGCAUUUCGGUGUGACUGUGCUGCGGGAUUUACGGGAACUCUGUGUAAUGAAGCGUCAGAAACUGCUGCUCCUCCGACCUCCGCACCGCCAGCCGUAUCGUCAGCUCGGGUAGCAACACCAGCCGCAGCAUUGCAGUCCACAGAAGCAAUCACCUCAUCUGCGUCAAUAAGCCUUCCAGCGGCUGUAGGUGCUGGAGUAGGGUUCCUUGCCCUACUCGCGAUUAUCAUAGUUCUGUUUCUUUUGAUGAAGCGACGCAAGAAAAAAGCUUUGUCGGAGGCAAGGAGCAGUCAAAGUGCAUGCACAGUUAUGGAGAAUCCCGUCUACAUCAACCAGACACAGGAUGACACCGAAGAGCAAAGCCAGCAGCACCUCAACAACAUGGCAGACGAAUGGUUUCAGGCCAAGCAAGUUGAUUUGGACGAAAGUGUUGACAUUCGGCGAGGAGUUAUCAACCCACUGUACUCUGAUGACACGGAGAGUAGUCACCCUGAAUAUUCCGUGCAGCACUCGCGUACCAGCGUGGGCGGAUUGACCAACAUAACAUACAUGGAUCUGGAAAUUAAUGAUGUCGCCAAUGGCAAUAUCUAUUCGGAGGCGGAUGAAGAAUCAUUCUAUGCUACAUUAUGCCAUGACCAGAGUUCCACCAGUGUAGGUGCCUCACGAGUGAGACAAGAUGGUCAACCAACAGGGCUCCUGUCAAUCGCCAGAGCAUAACAUUUUUUAGCACUAUAAGCCUAAGGUUUAUGCAUUAGUGUAUGUAGCUAUCUCCUGUGAUCACAUGACCAUUAACUGUGGAACUCUCUCCCUAUCGCACACUACCUCACCAAUUUUCUGCGUAUUACUGUGACAUCAUCAUGAGAAAGUUCAUUGAUUGAUAUGGUGUAUUGCAUCGGUAAGGAUUUGCUGCUCAGUUUUUAAUUCGUACCUUGACUCAGGCUUGAGGCUUUAUCAUUUUGCCACUGCCGAGUCCCUAAGUAGCAGUUGAUACUCUGAGGAGGUUCCCUUGCUGCAGAGGCAGCACCCCAGGCAAGCCAUACCAUAUGCACUCGCAAUUGCAGCAUGAAGUGCAGGUAUGCUACUGCACCUGUGCCUAGAGAGAAAUUCACAGAAGCCAACUAAUGUAUAUACUGUCGCCGGUGUACCUGUGCUAGCUUCACUUACCUAUUUCUAAGGUUUUUUUUUGAAAUUUUGAAUAGCACAACAUCAUUGCAAGGCACAUGUAUUCUGUGUCAGCAUGUUAUCUGUGUACGCAUAUAUUUAUCUACUGGUCUUGCAUCACAGGCAUCAGCACUCUAGAAGAGUCCAUGCCGCGCUCUCUGCAAACAUAAGAAAGACCCUGACCAUCCGGA